AUGAGCACGACUCAGCAAGACGCAGCCGCAGCGAAUGCCAAUCCGAGUGGCACUAUUAAAACUAGUGUAUCCAUCUACUUUCCCCUACUAGCAGCGGGAGUGCUGCUCUUUGAGUGUAUUCGUAGACACUUCCGUCGAGCCUACGACAUUCGCCGUCAAGACGAAGACAUAUUGAACGCAAGUGUAUCUCAUGACAAACUCUUUCGCUGGAUUCCUGCAGGUUUUCGAGCGUCUGCUGACGAAAUUCUGGAGAAAUGUGGACUGGAUACAUUGAUGUUCCUUCGCUUCUUGAGACUUGGUCACAAGCUGGCUCUACUGGCAAUUGGCUGCUCGGCUGUGCUCUUCCCAGUGUUUGCUACGGCUGCAGGGACCCCGUCGUCAACCAAUCAAUGGGUUGUUGAUCCGCUGACAAGGAUUUCCAUGAGUAAUCUACCGGAAAAGAGCGACAGAUUGUGGGCACCAACCGUUGUCGCAUUUGUCAUGACGACAUAUGCGAUGCGCUUGCUCGUAAAGGAGUACAAAAUGUACGUCCGGUAUCGACAUCAAGUGCUCAGCAAAAUGGAAGCGCCUCAGUAUUCGGUGCUUGUGACGGACCUGCCAGUGCAUCUGCGGACGCGGGAGACGCUGAGAAAGUAUAUGGCCACGAUAUUUCCGUCGUCGAUCCGAAACGUGUACGUGGCACUUGAAUGCGCUACGUUGGAAAAACUGGUCGAGCGACGGGAGCAAGUACGUGGAGCACUGGAACAUGCAUUGGCAAAGUAUGAGCGCUCGCGCAAGCGACCACGGCAUCAAGAAGGGAAGUCGUGGGUGGGAAUGCUCUUGUGUAAAGCCGGAAGUCAAGGCCACAAGGUGGACAGUAUUGAUUAUUUGCAGGACCAAUUGGCGACGUUGAAUGAAGAUGUUGCAAGAGAAAUUCAGAGUAUUGAUGACGCUCAGUCGCAACUUGCUGCACAAUUGGAAGAUCAGGAACACGAAAUGGGUAGUACUGAUAUUGAUGAUGAAUUGCAGUUGCUAGAGAAUGGAGGAAGUGGGAGCAACAUUAUGGCAAGAACAAAGCAAAAUGCAGAUCCGAAGAAAGCCCCGCUGCUUGAUCGACGGGGUCAUGCAGAGCAAAUGCGGAGCAGCUGUGAGGGUGAUGAUGCUCACAAGGUUGAUGAUAAGAGAGCGCGCCAACAAGAACGGGAAAUGAGUCAAGAAGAGCGCGAGAAAGCUCGCAAAGAGCGGCCGAUGCGAGUAAUGAGGCGAGCAGCCUUUGUUUCGUUCACGUCGCUAAUGUCGACGCAGGUAGCUCAACAGACGUUGCAAACAGAGAACCCUGCGCACAUGGCUGUUGCGCCAGCUCCGCAUGCAGCUGACAUUAAUUGGGAUAACAUUGGGCUCGACUACCGAACCCGCGCCAUCGGUACGCUUGUUUCGACCCUGAUCUCGGCGGCAAUUGUUUUAUUCUGGACUAUUCCUACUGCUUUGGUGGCUUCUCUGGCCACUGUUGAGUCUCUUCGACGUGCGCUACCAUUUCUGAACCAAGCAUUUGACGAUUACCCGAUUCUACAAGACAUUUUCCAGCAAAUUGCACCGCUGGCUCUAGUUGCACUUAGUGCUUUGGCGCCGAUCGUGUUUAACUUUCUUUCGGGGCGCGAGGGACAUCCCUCAAAAACCGAGGUUCGUGCAGCACUUUUCUCGAAAUUAGCAUACUUUCAGCUAGUUCAGAUUUUCUUCGUCACUGUGAUUGUCGGUACAAUCUUGGACAGUCUCAAAGAGAUCUUGGACCAGCCAAAGAAGUUGGUGUCGAUGCUUGGACGCAGCAUGCCUCAGCAGUCGACAUUCUUCAUCUCGUAUGUGAUUGUACAAACGGGUCUUGGACUGGUUCUCGAGUUAUUACGUGUGGUUCCAUUGAUAGUAUCCGCUCUCUUUGCUCUUCUGGCGCCAAAAGAUACGCGGCGUGAACGCACCUCGGCGUGGCUCGGCUUGCGUGAUAUCGUGCAGACGGAUCCUUUCGACCCGACGAACCCUCUCGCCGACUGCUUUCUGAUAUUGCUUGUCACGCUGACAUUCGCGCCAAUUGCGCCUUUAGUUUGCUACUUCACGUGGUUUUUCUUCUUGGUGGCUGAACUAGUCUACCGGCGGCAGGUACUUUGCGUGUACAAGCCCACGCACUUUGCGCUUGGAGCUUACUGGCCGCGCAUGUUCAAGUUUUGCAUCAUCGCACUCGUUGUUGCGCAGCUGACGCUCAUUGGGAUUCUAUCGCUCAAGAAGGCAGCUGCACCCCCGAUUCUAAUUAUUGUGCUCAUUGCCAUCGUCUUGGUGUUUCACUAUCACGUGCUUACACUUUACCCCGCUGCUGCCAAGUACCUGCCACUUAUGGAAUGUAUCCGCUUGGAUCGCGCGCGAGGUCUCUACGAUUCUACAGCAUCAAAGUUUUUCUUUCUGGACAACGUGUAUUGUCAACCAGCAAUGAACCAGCGAGUACCCAUUCGCGCGGACUAUCGCAUGUUGACAAAUGAGUACGACGACGAGACAACAUUGAUGUUGCCUAAGGUGCAUUGCCGUGAUGAUGAGCACUUAUUUUCGCAUGUGAUGUAA